AAAACGAUACCCUUGGCAAUUCCCUGAAUUGAACCCCUAUAAACACAAAUGGACAAAUCAAACCCGGACAAUUAUUUCCAGAGAGUAGAGUGUGCCAGAACAAGAGGACACUCUCUUAAAUUUUCCAAGCAACGAUCUAGACUGGAUAUACGGAAACACUUCUUUAGCCAAAGGGUUGUCAAUCAAUGGAAUAAACUCCCACAGUCCACAGUUGACGCACCAACACUCCUGCAAUUUAAGAUACAAUUAUCAAAAUUGGGUUUUUAAAUGGGUUCUAAGAGCCUCCUUAACCCUGCCACACUCAUCUGUACACCCUCGUCAUGAAGACAGUGAGAUGUGGCCAUCAAGGUAAAUCAAGACAUACCUGAGACCUAAUCAUCAUCCAUGCGUGCAACACCUCUCCAUAAAAUAUAGGAUUGUAAAAAUGGCAGCUACAUGUAUCUCUGCUGUGACCUGCUACACUUCAAGGUUGUCCAUGGUUCCCUGGAGGAUGACGAUUCAUAAUCCAUUAAAAAGUGCAAUAUGUUUAUCUCAAGCUGGACUUCGGCAGCAAAAUGAAGUACAUGUACGUGGGUCAUGCGUUUAUGGAAGGGCCAGGUUAGACACUCUACCAAAGGACCGUAGGACCUUAGAAGAUAGAACUUGUACAAAAUAUACAACUUUGCAUCAUCAGCAGCAGCCAUCUUGCAGUUCAAUAUCCCCAGACAAUCCUCUAGGUAGCAGUUCUAUCACAUUUCCAGUACAGCAGUGUCGUUGGUUUGCAAUGCAUCAUAGUCCUAAACCAUUUCCAAAUGCUUUCAGGACUGACUGUUCUAUCUUAGACUUGUCAGAUAGUAAGAGAUCCUGGAGGUUAACUUCAAGAGCUCCUGUUGGAAUAGAAUCAAAGCGACAUCUUAGUCUGAGUCCAGCUGGUAUCGUCAACGCGGCUCCCACCAAGGUGCAGCCUUACCUUCGUCUCAUCAGGCUCGAUAAACCAAUAGGUACUUGGUUGUUGUACCUGCCGUGUACGUGGAGUAUAGCAAUGGCUGCCUCACCUGGUCAACUCCCUGAUUUUUACAUGUUGGGUAUCUUCGGUCUGGGAGCUUUGCUAAUGAGAGGAGCUGGCUGUAUCAUUAACGACAUGUGGGACAAGGAUUUUGACAAAUCUGUUGAAAGGACGAAGAUUCGGCCCUUGGCAGCAGGAGAAAUCACUCAGUUUCAAGCCCUGUGCUUUCUUGCAUCUCAGCUCUCAGCAUCUCUAGCUAUCCUGCUCUCAUUUAAUUGGUACAGUGUAGCGCUUGGUGCUUCUUCAAUGCUCCUUGUGAUCAGUUAUCCACUCAUGAAGAGGAUAACCUACUGGCCUCAAGCUGUGCUAGGAUUGGCAUUCAAUUGGGGAGUUAUAUUGGGGUGGGCAGUGAUCCAUGGGUCAUGUGAUUGGAGCGUUGUCCUUCCUCUCUACCUCGCUGGUAUCUCCUGGACAUUGGUCUAUGACACCAUCUAUGGUCAUCAGGACAAGAAAGACGAUAUGCUGUUGGGCCUGAAGUCGACUUCUAUCUUCAUGGGUGACAACACAAAGCAGUGGCUGAGUGCCUUCGGAAGCCUGAUGAUCUGUUGCUUGGUUCUAUCAGGGUACAACGCAGGACAGACGAUGCCAUACUACUUGGCUGUUGCGCUGGCUGGAGCAAAACUCUCACACCAGAUAUGGACAGUUGACAUCAACAAGCCAGAGGAUUGCUGGAAUAAAUUCUAUUCUAACAAACGUCUCGGAUUGAUCAUCUUUGCUGGCAUCGUAGCUGGGACUUUAGCGAAGGCUAACUUAGAUAGUGAAGAGAAGACUGAUGAUCUAAAAGAAAGACUGGGAGUUUAAUAGAACUUUCUCUUAUUUGAGUUUAGUCUGUUUCCUUAAUAAAAAAGAUACUAAUAAUGUUCUUAUUUACUCAGGGUAGCCUCUUCAGCUCUCAUGAAAUAUUCUACCCUUGCCAUGCAUAACAUAACAUUAUUAUUCCCCUUCUCCAUUUUAAAACAUUGAGUGCCCGACAAAAAGGCAGAAUGUCCCAUUUUAAUGAACUAAUUUACCCUGGCCAUGCAUACCAUGAGGGUAUUUGUCACCCUUCUCCAUUCUACAUGUAAUACAUCGAGCACCUGACAAAUAGGCAGAAUGUCCCAUAUUAAAGUAUUUUGUAUGACUUGGCCAGGUAUUGAACCCACAAUCUCCAAUUCAUGAGGCGGGUGACCCACCGCUGAGCCACCAUGUCCUCGCCAGAAUGCUGACUUGGACACAGAAUAUUUUGUAUGAAUCUACUGAUUAUUGAAAUAAGAAAAUAAAAUGAUGAGAAGGAUAGAGUCGGAAUCAACGAGGAUGAGAAGGUUAACAGUGUACCAGAGAAUGCAACUGUCCUCCAACAAGGAAACAGACAACAAAUUCCUUGCUUCUUUUAUACUGGAAAAUUUCAUAUUUUAAUAAUGUAUUAAGUAAUUUGAUGUUCAUGUAAAGAUCUAUGAAAUGCAAUAAAAUAUAUUAUAUACUUA